AUGAUCAACGUUAUCAUCCUCUCGAUCCUCAAUGGCCUGCUGUACGGUGUCGGCCCCUCCGUGCUGCAGGUCUUCCCCCUCGCUGUCGUCAUGUACAUUAUCGUCUUCAUCUCUGCUUGCCACAUCACUCUCCACCUCAUCCCCCGCGUCCCGCGCUUGCUGAAACUGCUGCCAACGCACAUUUCUGGCGCGCCCCGCACCCUUCAACCCAACGCUGAUGCCACAGCCGACCUGCGCCGCGCCCUUGCGAAGCUGGAGGUCGAGCUGAAGGAGGAGCGCCGCGCACACUCGAAGACCAAAGAGUUCCAGGCCGCAUCUCAGGAGCAGCUCCGCCGCGCAAGCGUGACGAUCGAAGAGCUGAAGGCUGAGAACCAGGAGCUCCAGACCAAGAUCCAAAAUUUGGAGACCAAGACCCAAGAGCAGGAGGCCGAGCUCGUCGACGCACGUGACACUGUGACCGACUACCCCCUCCUCGCCUUCGCCGCCCGCUUCCUCCAGAGCGACGUCCGCCUCCUCAAGCAUGAAAACAAGCAGCUCAAGUCGCAGAACAAGACCCUUGACACCAAGACGAAGGACCUCCGCGACGAGCUCCUUGUCGUCAAGCGCGAGAAGCGCAAGGCCGAGCACCAGCUUCACACCCGGAUCCGCACCCUCGAGAAUGACAACCGAGCGCUGCAGCGCGGGCUGGACAGCGCCAAUCACUACAUUGCCACGAACAGAGAGGUGGACAUCGUUGAGAGGGCUAAGCUUCGCAUGCAGGCCGAGGAGGCGCUGAUGCAGAUCAAGGCGAACGAGCGGCAGAUGGCUAAGCGUGAGGAUGGACUUGACGCGGUCGUCACCGCUGCGCGCAGCUCUUUAGAACGCGAACUUGCUAAGCGUACGCACAUCAUCUCUAACCUCGAGCUCGCGGUCAGUAACCACAGGGGUUAUGAGGAGAGCCUUCGCCAGCGCAACGACGACCUUCGUCAGCGCAACCGCGACCUUCGCCUGCGCCACAAUGUGCUGCUGCGCAAGCUAGCGAUCGAUGCGGUCACGCUGUCUCGUUUGACCAUGGCUUUGAAAGAGAGGCAUGAGCCGGCCUUGUCCUUCCCAUCCAGCAGCAACAACACCGUGGCCGCGCAGGCUGGUGUUACCUCGUAA